UCAUCGUUCGCCGCCACUUUCUUUAUGAUGCUCGAUAACUUGCAGUAUGACAACAUUCUUUUAAAUUACAGUGGAAGCGCCGGCAAUGGCCUGGUUUUGUAUGUCCUUUACAUCGCUUAUUGCUUUAUGAUGCCGAUAAUAUUUCUUAACUUACUGAUUGGUUUAGCAGUAGGAGAUAUCGAUACCAUCCGCAAGACAGCAGCUCUGGAAAGAUACACAAGCCAGGUAGAGCAUUUGUCUCAGCUUGAACGCGCCAUUCCAACCUUUAUUCUAAACAGUGUACUGGUCACAGAGUACGUGGAGUAUCCUAACAAACCAAAGAACCUCAAGACUAAGGUGUGUUAA